UCGCCCGCUGCCUCCGCCGCUCCCGCGCCGAUUGGCCCGUCCCGCCGCCACUCUCGUCCCUCCCGCCCGCCCGCCGCGCGCCGGCUGCCCUCCCUUCCCCGAUUGGCCGGCGCCCGCCGCCAGUCACGUUCGCCCGGCCCGGCGAUUGGCGGCGGCGGGGCGGGGGGGCCGUUCCGGCCGCCGCCCCGCCCCGCUCCCAGCGUGCCCCGCGCGGUGUGUGUGGAGAGCGCGGCCUGUUCCCGCGUCGCGCCCUCGCCGCCGCCGCCGCCGCCGCCAUGUCGGAGUACAGCCCCGCCGGGCCGCCGCCCGCCCCCGGGCCGCCCGGGGGGGCCCCCGCCGCCGCCGCCGCCGCCUCCGCCGCCGGGGGACCGCCGCCUCCGGGCGGUGCGGGAGCGGGGGGGGGGCGCGGCGGGCGGCGGGCCGGGCCCGGGCGGAGCGGGGGUGGGGGGGGGCGGCGGCGGCGGCGGGGGGGGCCCCCCGCCCGGCGGGAUCCGCAAGGACGCCUUCGCCGACGCCGUGCAACGGGCCCGGCAGAUAGCGGCGAAAAUCGGGGGGGACGCAGCGACGACGGUGAACAACAACACCCCCGACUUCGGGUUUGGGGGGCAGAAGCGGCAGCUGGAGGAUGGCGACCAGCCGGAGAGCAAGAAGCUGGCGGCGCAGGGGGACUGUGAGUACGGCUGGCGGGUCUGGGGGGGCUGCAGCCCCCCCAGGAGGUGGGGGGGGCUGGGGGGGGGUGUCAGUGACCCCCCGGGGUCCCCCUCGGCUGGGGGAGGCCAGCGGCCACGUCCCCUGAUGAGGGUUUGGUUCCCUCCGCAGCGCUCCCCGACCCAGCUGGGACCCAUCCACCCCCCACCCAGGUCGACAGUGACAGAGGAGUACCGGGUCCCUGACGGCAUGGUGGGACUCAUCAUCGGCCGCGGGGGGGAGCAGAUCAACAAGAUCCAGCAGGAUUCGGGCUGCAAAGUACAGAUCUCCCCAGACAGCGGCGGGCUGCCGGAGCGCAGCGUCUCCCUGACGGGAUCCCCCGAAGCCGUGCAGAAGGCGAAGCUGAUGCUGGACGACAUCGUGUCGCGGGGGCGGGGGGGACCCCCGGGCCAGUUCCACGACAACGCCAACGGCCAGAACGGGACAGUGCAGGAGAUCAUGAUCCCCGCCGGCAAGGCCGGCCUCGUCAUCGGCAAGGGCGGAGAGACCAUCAAGCAGCUCCAGGAGCGAGCCGGCGUGAAGAUGAUCCUCAUCCAAGACGGUUCCCAAAACACCAACGUCGACAAACCCCUGCGGAUAAUCGGGGAUCCCUACAAAGUCCAGCAAGCCUGCGAGAUGGUGAUGGACAUCCUGCGCGAGCGCGACCAGGGCGGCUUCGGCGACCGCAACGAGUACGGUUCCCGCAUCGGCGGCGGCAUCGACGUGCCGGUCCCCCGGCACUCCGUCGGCGUCGUCAUCGGCCGCAGCGGGGAGAUGAUCAAGAAAAUCCAGAACGACGCGGGGGUGCGGAUACAGUUCAAACAAGACGACGGGACGGGCCCCGAGAAGAUCGCCCACAUCAUGGGCCCCCCCGAACGCUGCGAGCACGCCGCUCGCAUCAUCAACGACCUCCUCCAGAGCCUGCGGAGCGGCCCCCCGGGACCCCCGGGGCCGGGGAUGCCCCCGGGGGGGCGGGGGCGCGGGCGGGGCCAGGGCAGUUGGGGCCCCCCCGGGGGCGAGAUGACCUUCUCCAUCCCCACCCAUAAAUGCGGGCUGGUCAUCGGCAGAGGCGGGGAGAACGUCAAAGCCAUCAACCAGCAGACGGGGGCGUUUGUGGAGAUCUCCCGCCAGCUGCCCCCCAACGGGGACCCCAACUUCAAGCUGUUCAUCAUCCGCGGCUCCCCCCAGCAGAUCGACCACGCCAAGCAGCUCAUCGAGGAGAAGAUCGAGGGUCCGCUCUGUCCUGUGGGGCCGGGGCCGGGGCCGGGGGGGCCGCCGGGACCCGCCGGCCCCAUGGGACCCUUCAACCCGGGACCCUUCAACCAGGGCCCCCCCGGAGCCCCCCCGCACCCCGGAGGCCCCCCCCCACACCAGUACCCCCCCCAGGGCUGGGGCAACACCUACCCCCAGUGGCAGCCGCCGGCCCCCCACGACCCCAGCAAGGCGGCGGCGGCGGCGGACCCCAACGCCGCGUGGGCCGCCUACUACUCGCACUACUACCAGCAGCCGCCGGGGCCCGUGCCGGGGCAGCCCCCCGCCCCCGCCGCGCCCCCCGUCCAGGGGGAGCCCCCCCAGCCCCCCCCCACCGGCCAGUCCGACUACACCAAGGCCUGGGAGGAGUACUAUAAGAAAAUAGGCCAGCAGCCCCAGCAGCCCGGGGCCCCCCCGCAGCAGGACUACACGAAAGCCUGGGAGGAAUAUUACAAGAAACAAGCGGCCCAGGUGGCGACGGGGGGCGGCCCCGGGGCCCCCCCCGGCCCCCAGCCCGAUUACAGCGCGGCCUGGGCCGAGUAUUACCGGCAACAGGCGGCUUAUUACGGCCAGACCCCGGGGGCCGCCGGGCCCGCGCCCCCCCCCACGCAGCAGGGACAGCAGGCUCAGUGAACCGAAUGUGAACUCCCCGUCUGUGACCCCCUCCCCCCUUUUGUUUUUUGGCGAGCGGCCGCGGCCGGCCAGGGCGAGCGGCCCCCCCCCCCAAUCCCCAGGACCCCCUCCGACCCCCAGAGCCGCGGGGUGGGGGUGGGGGGCUUCAUCACCCCCCCCUCCCCCCUCAGCCGCUCAAAACCACCCAAACCUCCCCAAACCCAACGUCGCCGGAGCCCCCGGCCCCCCGCUCAUAGGUAGAGUCAAACAUUCCUCGGAGCCGCUGGAGCCGGGGCCCCCCCAACCCCCACCGGGGCCCCCCCGAACGCCCCCGGCCCCCCCGGCCCCUCCCCCCUGCCCCUUCGGAGGAGACUGAAAAAAGCCCCCAACAACAACAACGAACCACCGACAACGACCGUAUUCUCAGUUUUUACUUUUUACCGCUUGUUUUUAAACUUCACAAAUAAACGAGAACAAAAAUCC